AUGGCUCGACCGUACGAAAACGCAAACAUCGACCAACUCCAACGUGAUGCAGACGACUGUCUACUCACAUACGGAACGGCCUUCCACCCCGAGAUCAUCACAUCUACAGACGACAUCUAUGUCGAAACCGCAUCCGGCCAUCGUAUGAUGGACUUCACUUCCGGCCAAAUGAGCACCCUAAUCGGCCACGGCCACCCAGAAGUCGUCAGCGUAAUCCAAACCCACGCCCAGCACCUCGACCACCUCUUCAGUGGCAUGAUCAGUCCCCCCGUCAUCAGCCUUGCCAAACGCCUCACUAGCGUCGCCCCGCCCGGCCUCGACAAAGCCUUCUUCCUCAGCACCGGCGGCGAAAGCAACGAGGCCGCCAUCCGCCUCGCCAAGUUCUUCACUGGAAAAUUCGAAAUCGUCGGCCUCGCAGCGUCCUGGCACGGCAUGACGGGUGCAUCGCUCGGAGCACAGUAUCACGCAGGCCGUUCGGGGUACGGGCCCAAUAUGAUUGGGAAUUUGGCGCUGCCGACGCCGAAUGCUUAUCGAUCGAUUUUCCGGAGGGGAGAUGGGGGGUAUGAUUGGGAGACGGAGCUGGAUUACGGGUUUGAUUUGCUAGACAAGCAAUCGUGUGGCUCGCUUGCUGCUGUUAUUGUUGAGCCCAUUUUGUCGAGUGGGGGGAUGUUGGAACUUCCGCCGGGUUAUCUCAAGGCGUUGAAGCGGCAUUGUGAGAAGAGGGGGAUGCUGCUUAUCAUCGAUGAAGCGCAGACUGCGCUGGGGAGAGCUGGUGAUAUGUUCGCUUUCACGCAUCAUGCUGAGGAUGAGGGCGUGGUGCCUGAUAUCCUUACUCUAAGCAAGACACUGGGGAAUGGUAUGCCGCUUAGCGCUGUGCUGACGUCGAACAAGAUCGCCAGUCAUGCGAAAGAGAAUGGGUUUUUGUUUUAUACGACGCAUAUUAAUGAUCCGCUUCCUGCAGCUGUCGGAGACAAAGUGCUCGAGAUAGUGAUUAGAGACGACCUUUGUGCUCGUUCCAAGCGGCUCGGUGUCAAACUUCAAGCUGGACUCAAACGGCUUCAGUCUCGCUAUGGAUGUAUUGGCGAUGUACGUGGUCGUGGUCUCAUGGCUGGUGUGGAGAUUGUCAGUGACAGGAAGACCAAGGCUGGUGCUCCUGAUGUCGGAGCUGCGGUAUCGCAGAAGAUGGAAAAGAUGGGGCUGUGGGCACAAUUGGCUACGAUGGCGUCAUUUGGUGGUGUUUUUAGAAUUGCACCACCAAUUACCGUCACGGAAGAGCAGUUGGAUGCUGCGUUGGGGAUUAUUGAGGAGGCGUUGAGGACAACCCCUGGCACGAUGCCAUUGUAUGUGACAGAUGAGGCAGCGGUAGAUGGCCAAUCUGUUGGGGAGUCAAACAUCUAA